AUGAGUUCACUACGGCAAGUCGCAGGGAGUUCUGCUCCCUCGGCCAUCGCGAGGACGCCUUCAAUGGCUGUUUACUCCUACGGACGAUCUCCAGCUUACAGACGGUUACUCUCGAGCACUGGCAGCAUAUCGAGCUCGAUGAGGAGCGAAAGUGCGCCGUUCGCCUCAUCUGGACUGUCAUCGCCGACCCUUGCCUCCCUCCGAUCCUCCUUCCUCCCCGAAACGAUAGCUACGAUACAGUCGCGCAGCUUCCACCAGACAUCACCAUGGCGCCAGGAACAGCCCCAACACGCCUCACAGCCCCCGAAGCCAGACCCAAAGACGGCGGCGCCGGGAGAGAAGGCGGAACAAAGUGCUGCAGGGCCUGAAUCAGAGGCGAAGACCGAGUCGAAAGAGCAAGCUAAACAACAAGACGGCGAGAAGUCGGAGGAGGGGGAGAAGAAAGAAGAGAAGAAAGAGGACCCUCCACCACCUCCACCCCAUGGCGACAAGACACCAUGGCAGGUUUUCAUGGAGACCAUGCAGACCGAGUUCAAAGCUUCGAAAGAGUGGAACGACUCGACCAAGCAGCUGGCUGAUUCGGCGCACUCGUUCACCGAGAGCGAAUCUGUCCGUCGCGCAAGGCAGGCCUAUGAGAACACCACCGGCGCUGUUUCGUCAACUGCUGGUAAAGUCCUGAAGACAUCAGCUACUACGAUUGGCAAGGGCGCGGCUUGGACCUGGGAAACACCAGUGAUGAAGGGCGUCCGCAAAAGUGCCAACAUCACCGGCGAAGCACUCGACAAGGCGACGAAGCCGAUUCGGGAGACUGAAGCAUACAAGAACGUCAAGAAUGUGAUUGAUGAUGGUAGCAGUUCAAGAUACGGUGGAUGGGUCGAGAAGGAGGAGCGGAGAAAGGCUCGUGAGUUGCGCGAGCAGCAAGCUGCGUCCCUUCACGGCAAGGCCGAGGACGCAGUUGAAGAUCCCAACGCUGGAACCAAUGUCACCCUUCACAAGGACGCUGCGUGGAAAGAGGCGUGGCGCGACUUUCGAGAUCAGAACGGCUUCGUCCAGGGUGUGUUCAACAUGAAAAAUGUAUACCAAGAGUCGGAGAACCCCUUGAUCUCGACUGCUCGCAGCAUCACCGACCGAGUUGCUGGCUUCUUUGCCGAGAACGAGACCGCCAUGGUCAUCAAGAGUUUCCGAAAGAUGGACCCCAACUUCCAACUUGAACCCUUCCUCCAAGAGUUGCGAGAAUAUAUUUUGCCUGAGGUUCUCGACGCCUAUGUCAAAGGUGACACCGAGACCCUGAAGUUGUGGCUUUCUGCUGCCCAAUACUCGGUUUACGAAGCACUGACGAAGCAAUAUCUUCAAGCCGGCAUGAAGUCAGAUGGCCGGAUACUGGACAUCAGACAUGUGGAUAUUAUGAAAGCUCGCAUGCUCGAGCCGGGCGAGAUCCCCGUCUUUAUUAUCACAUGCCGAACGCAAGAGGUCCACGUAUACAGAAACGCCAAGACGAAUGAGCUUGCAGCUGGUAUGGAGGAUAAGGUCCAACUUGUCACCUACGCUAUUGGAAUUACACGGACACCCGAGGACGUCAACAAUCCCGAAACCAGAGGGUGGAGGUUGAUCGAAAUGCAGAAGAGCGGCAGAGACUAUAUUUAA